AGAAUUAUUCAUUUUUGAAACACCAGUCAAGGAACGCUGAUCUGUGUGUAUGACAGAAUGGAAAAUACAGUUGCCUGGAGUUUAAUAUUUGUAGUCACUAUCCAUGGAGUUUGGAGUGAGAUCAAACUGGACCAGUCGCCAUCUGAGGUGAAAAGACCAGGAGACACAGUGAAGAUGUCAUGUGUCAUAUCUGGGUUUGACAUGACAGACUACUUUAUAAGCUGGAUACGACAGAGGCCAGGGAAAGCUCUGGAGUGGAUUGGGAGGAUGGAUGCAGGUUCAAACUCUGCUAGCUAUGGCAGCUCCUUUCAAAGCCGUUUCCCCAUGACUGAAGAUGUGUCCAGCAGCACUCAGUACCUCCAGGUCAAGAGUCUGACAGCAGAAGAUUCUGCUGUUUACUUCUGUGCUCGUGAAAGCACACACUGUGAUUAUUUCGACUACUGGGGUAAAGGGACUGAUGUCACAGUAACAACAGAGUCAGCUGUGCCACCGACUGUGUUCCCUUUGAUUCAGUGCAAAUCUGGGUCUGGAGAUAAAAUCGCUGUUGGUUGUCUUGCAUACAACUUCUCCCCAAAGAAUCUUAAUUUCCAGUGGACUGAUGCCAGUGGGGCCGUCCUGACUUCAAUACAAUAUCCUCCUGCUGAGAAAAACAACAAAUAUACAGCAGCCAGUUUGAUCCAAGUAUCAAAAUCUGACUACGAUUCAAGGAAGUCUUUUAAAUGUUCAGUAACUCAUGGUGGAUCUGUAAAAACCCUGCAAGUGCCAAAGUUUCCUCCAGCAAAAAUUACUUUGCUAUCGGUGCCAAAUGAAGACACUCAGGCCCUGGUCUGCACAAUUGAGGACAGUCACAGUGGAGCAUUUGAACCAUUUAAAUGGAAAAAGAAUGACGCAGAUUUGAACAACUACAUUCAAAGUCCCACCCAAAAAACUGGAGGGUUAUAUUCAGCGGUCAGUGUCCUGAAAGUCAAGAACACAGACUGGGACAGCAAAGCCGUUUACACCUGUGAGACAGGAUUCAAGGGAGAAAAGUAUAUAAGACAGGCCUCAAAAGCUCUUAUCACGGUGACACUGAAACAGCCAAGUGCUAAAGUAAUUUUCAGCAACAACCAAGCAGAGCUGGAAUGUGUCAUCACUGGACAAGACCGAAACAUUGUCAGUAACACUGACAUCACAUGGGAAAUUGACGGAGUAAAUGUGACUGGCAGCAUUACUCCGACAUCGUCUGGCGGCGGGCAGUACAGCAAAACCAGCAAGAUGACUCGUACUUAUGAUGAGUGGAAGACAGUCAACAAAGUACGCUGUUCUGCCAUUAGAGCACAUAUGACACCAGUUAUUCAAGAUCUGACUGUCCACAAAGGAGAUGGCAGUCAGCCAGAAGUGUCAGUCAACAUCCUCCCAGUGGAGAACAUCGGCAAAGAAGACUCAGCUAAGGUCACUCUGGUGUGUCUGGUCUCCAGUCCUGUGCAGCAGGAUUACUACAUUGCGUGGUCAGAACAUGAUGGACAAAAAUCCCCCAUCUAUGCUGAUGGCGUUGACUUCCCGCCACAAAAGACCGAACAUGGCUACUCAGUCACAAGUGUUUACACCACCACCAACAAAAACUGGAAAGCGAAUUUCAUUUACAACUGCAACAUCAAGUCUGCUGGCACAAAUCGCUCCUUCAACUCUCAAGUGUCUAAGGCUAAGGCCAUGGAUUCAAAUCUGAAUUUUGCUCUGAGCUGCACAGACGAUGCCGGUGAAGAAGAUGAGUUCAGCAGUCUGUGGUCCACAACCUCCUCCUUCAUAUUUCUCUUCAUAUCAUCUCUCUUCUAUAACAUAAUAUUCAGCUUGGUCAAGAUGAAGAGAGGAUAAAGGAUCAGACUGAUACACAGCACAGACGACUUCAUUUGCUUUCUUGUACAUCAGCAAUAAUCUAUUGUCUAUUUGCUAAAUAAAUGGUCACUAUAUAUAAUGAUUAACUAAGUAAUUGAAAAUUGAUUUCUCUGUAGCCUGUAGAAAAAGUAAAAAGUACAAUUACAAUUUGUAAUUACUUACAUGAAUAUAUUUUCCUGCAUUGGGUCCUGUUUUUAUACUAUGAUCACAGAUGUUUUUUGUUAUGUUUCUUGGACACGUCUCUAAAAUGUUUUAACUUUUCUUGUUAUGUAUAGAACAACUUGUAGUUCUAUAGCAGAGAGAGAUGUUUUCUGUACAUGGUUUUGCAUUUCAUAGUUUGACUAAAUCUUUGCUUUUCA